GUGGUUCCUCAAAUCCAUUAUGUUAACCAAACGAGGCAACGGCUCUAAGAACUGAGAUACAUACAAUGAUUUACCGCUCUUUCAAGCAAGACUCUCAGUGAACAGUCAGAUGUAAACGCUCAAACGCCAUGAAGCUGCAAUCUUUGAACAAAGGAUAUGCAAUCCGAACUCUCAGUCCCAAACCUAAUGGCUCCGCAAAGCUGAAAAUCCCAAAAACCAUUCGAUCAUGCGCUACAAAACAGGACCUUCGAGGCCAAUCCGUCGCUAUUAUCGGUUUGGGAAAAUCUGGGAGAGCUGCGGCCAGGCUUGCUCUGGCCAGAGGCGCUUCAGUUUUAGCCUUUGACCAGAAUCCGAACUUUGGUCUUUUAGAGCAAGAUCCGAUUUUUGGGAGGCUUGGUAAUGAUAAUGGUGGAUUGAGGACAAUUUUGGGCCAAUUUGAUGGAGAGCUACUUGAUAAUGCGGACAGGGUGGUCGUGUCCCCUGGAGUUCCCCUACAAAACUAUGGUCUUUCCUCUUUGUUGCAGUUGGGAAAGCAGGUGAUGUCUGAGUUGGAUUUUGCUGCCGAAAUUCUCCCAAAAAGUAUCAAGAUUUUAGCAGUGACAGGGACUAAUGGAAAAUCAACUGUUGUCACUUUUGCUGGGCAGAUGCUUAGCCAUUUUGGCAUCGAGACAUUUGUGGGGGGUAACCUUGGGAGUCCACUCUCAGAGGCUGCUUUCCAAUGCUUACAGCCACAUUCUUUAAAACCCAAGUUUAAGGUUGCAGUUGUGGAGGUUAGCAGUUAUCAAAUGGAGAUUCCUAACAAAUGUUUCUGCCCUUCUGUUGCUGUGGUGUUGAACCUUACACCUGAUCAUCUAGAAAGGCACAGGACAAUGAGAGAUUAUGCAGUGACUAAAUGCCGGUUAUUUCUUCACAUGACUGAUGCCAAGCUUGGGCUUCUUUGUUUUGGAAACCAGUACUUGAAUGAAGCAAUUAUGGAAAGCAUGAAUGAACUUAAUCUUGCUUGGAUAGGAGCCACUCCAGGUGUAAAAAUUGAUAUGGAGGCAAAAAUGGCAAGCUUUGAAGUGCCUGCAUUGGGAGUCAAUUCACAACUGCAGUUGGGUGCAAUGAACACAAUUGGGAUACACAACUAUCACAAUGCUGCAGUGGCUGCUCUAUCUGUUGUUGGACUGAAUGUUGGACUUGAUAUUGAAGACAUUGGUCCAAGUAUUGAAAAAUUAAGGGCACCACCUCAUCGUAUGCAAAUUGUAUGCAAGGAUAUCCAUGGAGUAACUUGGGUUGAUGACAGUAAGGCAACAAAUGUUGAAGCAACUUACGCAGGACUAAUGGGUCUAAAGAGACAAAAAUCUCUGAUUCUACUCGGGGGCCUUGCAAAGGUGUUAGAUGGACAAAAGUCUAAUGGUUUUGAACAAUUGAUAGAACCUUUGAAGUACCAUAGAUGUGUAAUCACUUUUGGAUCUUCCGGAACGCUGAUUCAGAAGACAUUGUCUGAAAAUGGUCUUAGCAUUCCCUGUAUCAGAGCAGUAAAUCUGAAGGGCGCAGUCAGCUGGGCUAGGAGGAUGGCAGAACAUGGGGACACUAUUGUACUAAGUCCAGGUUGUGCAAGCUUUGAUGAAUUUAGAAAUUUUGAGCAUAGAGGAAUGUUUUUCCAGGAGCUGGCCUUCUCAUCAUGUUAACUUCAAAUUCACUUAUUUAUCCGUGUCAUAUAAAAAUGUGGAAGAUGAAGCUUCUUUUAAAUUAAAAUGUAAAUUUCGAAAAGGAUCAACGCGGGUUAGGCAAGUUGGCGCGUUGGCCAAGGCAGUGAGCAUGCCCCUUGCACCCAAUGUUUCGAAUCCCUCCCUAUAAAUUAGUUUAAUUUAUAGUAAUUUAGAUUAUCACUUGUAGUUAAAAAAAAAUCAA